GUCAGACACCAGACUGUAGGAUAUAGGUCACCCCCUCAGCAACAGGGCUGAUUUAUGGUGCCCUUGACAGCCUAAUAUCAUCAAAUUACCCCACACAAUGGAGAGAGGCUGGGCUGCUGACGGGCAGUCACCGAGGGACGCAGAGCCUGGGGCUUCCCUGCUGCUCCCAUACCCUAGACCUUCUCUGAGUCCAUGGGGGGGGAAGCUGGCACAGAGUGAGGGCACACCCAGGCGUGCCACCUUUAGCAGGGGGUAUAAGUAGGCAGCUCCAGGGAUGGCUCAGUACCCAGCAACCCUGAGACCGCUUCCUGCCUAUAGAUUCCAGCAGGCAGCAUCAUGAGUUGCAGACAGAUGGCCUCAUCUUUCUGGAGUAGCAGCAGCAGCUGCGGUGGUGGCGGAGGAGGCAGAGGGGGCAGCGGAGGCAGCAUGCGAUCUUCUUUCAGUCGCUCCUCCAGGGCUGGUGGAGGAGGGGGCCGCUUUAGCUCUUCCAGUGGCUUUGGUGGGGGUGGCUUUUCGGCCUGUGGCAGUGGAGGUGGUGGCAGCUAUGGUGGAGGAUCCAGAGGGGGCUUUAGUGCAGGGAGUUCUGGCGGUAUGUUUGGGGGAGGAGGUUCUAUGGGCUUCGGUGGUGGCUCUGGAGGUGGCUUUGGUGGUGGCUCUGGAGGUGGCUUUGGUGGUGGCUUUGGUGGUGGCUCUGGAGGUGGCUUUGGUGGUGGCUUUGGUGGUGGCUCUGGAGGUGGCGAAGGUGGUAUUCUGAAUACCAAUGAGAAGGUCGUCAUGCAGAAUCUCAAUUCCCGUCUGGCCUCCUACAUGGAUAAAGUACAGGAAUUGGAGCAGGACAACACCUCCCUGGAGAAACAGAUCCAGGAAUGGUAUUCAAAGAAGGGGUCCAGAAUCUUCCAGAAGGAUUACUCUCAUUUCUACAACACGAUUGAAGACCUGAAGGACAGGAUUGUAGACCUCACAAGGAGGAACAACAAAACACUCCUGGACAUGGACAACACUCGCAUGACUAUGGAUGACUUCAGAAUUAAGUUUGAGAUGGAGCAGACCUUGCGGCAAGGGGUGGAGGCUGAUAUCAACGGCCUGCAGAAGGUGUUGGAAGGUCUGAAGAUGGAGAAAUCUGAUCUGGAGCUACAGCUUGAUACUCUGGAGGAUGAGCUGAACGCUGUUAAGAAGAAUCACAAGGAAGAAAUGCAGCUGCUGACGGGUAAGAAUGAUGGAGAUGUGAGUGUGGAGAUAAAUGUUGCCCCCAGCACAGAUCUCACCGAGAUCCUCAAUAACAUGCGUGAGGAGUAUGAGCAUCUCAUUUCUAAGAAUCGCCAGGACAUUGAGCAACACUAUGAGUCCAAGAUGACCCAGAUUGAACAAGAGGUGACCAACAGUGGCCAAGAGAUGGAGAGCAACAUGAAGGAGGUGUCUCAGCUCCGGCACAGCAUCCAGGAGUUGGAAAUUGAGCUGCAGACUCAGCUUAGCACGAAAUCGGCCAUGGAGAAGGCUUUGGAAGACACAAGGAACCGUUACUGUGGCCAGCUGCAACAGAUUCAGGAACAGAUCAGUCAGGUGGAGGCCCAGCUUGCUGAGGUCCGGGAAGAAACCGAGUGUCAGAACCAGGAAUAUGGCAUUCUGCUGAGCAUCAAGACACGGCUGGAAAAAGAAAUUCAGACUUACCGCAGCCUCCUUGAAGGCGGUCAACAAGACUUUGAAUCUUGUGGAGCUGGACAAAUUGGCUUUGGAAGUGGCAAAGGAAGACGAAGAGGAAGUGGAGGCAGCUAUGAAGGAGGAAGUGGAGGAGGAAGCAGAGGCAGCUAUGGAGGAGGAGGAAGUGGAGGCAGCUAUGGAGGAGGAAGUGGGGGCAGCCGUGGUGGAGGAAGUGGAGGCAGCCAUGGAGGAGGAAGUGGAGGCAGCCAUGGAGGAGGAAGUGGAGGCAGCCAUGGAGGAGGAAGUGGGGGCAGCCAGGGUGGAAAAAGUGGAGGCAGCCAUGGUGGAGGCAGUGGAGGAAGCUAUGGAGGAGGAAGCAGUUCUGGGGGAGGCAGUGGAGGAAGCUAUGGUGGAGGAAGCAGUUCUGGGGGAGGAAGUGGAGGAAGCUAUGGUGGAGGAAGUGGAUCCAGGGGAGGAAGUGGAGGUGGCCAAAGUAGAGGAGGUGGCCCCAAGGGAGGCAGUGGAGGCAGCUAUGGUGGAGGAAGUGGUUCAGGAGGAGGCAGUGGAGGCAGCUAUGGUGGAGGAAGUGGUUCAGGAGGAGGAAGUGGAGGCAGCCAUGGUGGAGGAGACAGAAGGCAAUCUCAGUCCCAGUCCUCCUCAAAAUCUGCUGACUGUGAUGACGAUUCACCUGCCUACCAUAUGCGAUACUAGAGCCCUGGUCAACUUUCCCCACCCAGCCCCAGCUGAGACUGCCCCAGGAGGGCAGAACCUACAUGAAGCACGCUUACUGCAUCCCGACAUCAAGACAAGCUGGCAACAAGCCGGGGUCCCUGUUUGGAACUGGAUGGUGUUGGCAUUGUGCCUCUGGACAUCUAUUGGCUGUGUCCCUUGCUGGGGAGGCUUCAUGGCUGGGGAGAACUUAAUUCUUCCGUGUGUCCUGGAGGGGGCCCCACUCCCUUCCUUAUCCUGACUUCCUA